GGGAUAGUUCACCAGGCAGAGUUCACUCGACUUCAAAGCAAGUGGACAGUAACUUUUUCCUUUUCUCUUUAUUAACUCCUGAAGUCUCAGCCCUCUUCAUUGCUCUGAUUGCCCCAAUUACUACUCACAGAAUGGAAUAGGUUAAGAGAUCGAGAUUAAGGGUCGGUGUCGUAGAGGAUCGAUCAAACCAGAGCCUUGUUUUCUCUGUGGAGCUGUGGAUUGGCAUGUCUUCCUUCAGCCGUGACAGUGAAAGUGAUCAGUGUGGCUCUACAGAGGACUUGACUGGUGCAGGUGGUCAGCCGGACGGAGCUGAGUCUCCCGCUCAGCCCAGUGGAGCUGUCAUGCUGCCCAAAGGCGACACGGAAUCUCUAGUACUCGUUCGAUCGCAUGGAGAACAGGGACACAUGCCAAGAAAUAUGCAAGCCCCCCACUAUAAAAUGAUGGACUACUCGUAUGAUGAAGACUUGGAUGAGAUGUGUCCGGUGUGUGGAGACAAGGUUUCUGGAUACCAUUACGGGCUCCUCACAUGUGAAAGCUGCAAGGGCUUCUUCAAGCGCACGGUUCAGAACAACAAACGGUACACAUGCAUAGAGAACCAGACAUGUGCCAUCGACAAGACACAAAGAAAACGCUGCCCUUAUUGCCGCUUCCAGAAGUGCCUCACUGUUGGCAUGAAGCUGGAAGCUGUGAGGGCGGACCGCAUGCGUGGCGGCCGCAACAAGUUCGGCCCCAUGUACAAGCGCGACCGUGCCCUCAAGCAGCAGAAGAAAGCGCUGAUCCGCGCCAACGGCCUGAAGAUCGAGUCCAUGACCCAGGUGAUGCAGGCGGUGCCCACCGACCUCACCAUCUCCUCGGCCAUCCAGAACAUCCACCAGGCCGCCUCCAAGGGCCUGCCGCUCAGCCACCACGGCCUCCCACACCACGCCGCCCUGCCCCACACAGACUACGAUCGCAGCCCCUUCGUGACGUCUCCCAUCAGCAUGGCCAUGCCCCCCCACACCGGUUCCCUCCAGGGCUACCAGCCGGCCUACGGCCACUUCCAGAGCACCCGCACCAUCAAGUCCGAGUACCCGGACCCGUACAGCAGCUCGCCCGAGUCCAUCAUGGGUUACAACCCGUACAUGGACGUAUACCAGACGGGCUCGCCGCCCAGCUUCCCACACCUCAUCGUGGAGCUGCUGAAGUGCGAACCUGACGAGCCCCAGGUGCAGACCAAGAUCCUGGCCUACCUGCAGCAGGAGCAGGCCAGCCGGGGGAAACACGACAAACUCAACACGUUUGGCCUUAUGUGUAAGAUGGCCGACCAGACGCUGUUCUCCAUCGUGGAGUGGGCCCGGAGCAGCAUCUUCUUCCGCGAGCUCAAGGUGGACGACCAAAUGAAGCUCCUCCAGAACUGUUGGAGCGAGCUCCUCAUCCUCGACCACAUUUUCCGUCAGGUGAUGCACGCCAAAGAGGGCUCCAUCCUAUUGGUCACCGGCCAACAGGUGGAUUAUGCCGUAAUUGCCUCCCAAGCUGGAGCUUCUCUAAACAACCUGAUGAGCCACGCUCAGGAGCUGGUGGGCAAGCUGCGCUCCCUGCAGCUGGACCAGAGGGAGUUCGUCUGCCUCAAGUUCCUUGUUCUGUUCAGCUUGGACGUGAAGAACCUGGAGAACUUCCACCUGGUGGAGAGUGUCCAGGAACAAGUGAACGCGGUGCUGCUGGACUACGUCAUGUGCAACUACCCCCAGCAGACAGACAGGUUUGGCCAGCUGCUCCUGCGGCUGCCUGAGAUCCGAGCCAUCAGCCUCCAGGCCGAGGAGUACCUGUACUACAAGCACCUGAACGGAGACGUGCCCUGCAACAACCUGCUCAUCGAGAUGCUACACGCCAAGAGAGCCUGAUGAGACUCCAGAUGGGAUCCUGAUCAUUUGGCUGAAACCGACUCAGAACAGACUCUGUUUUGUUGGUUUAGACCCAAGUCCUUGCCUGCAGAACAGAAACCGACCCAGAACAGACUCUGUUUUGUUGGUUUAGACCCAAGUCCUUGCCUGCAGAACAGAAACCGACUCAGAACAGACUCUGUUUUGUUGGUUUAGACCCAAGUCCUUGCCUGCAGAACAGAAACCGACCCAGAACAGACUCCUCCCAUGUUAAAGUUAGACUUAGUGAUUCUGGGGCAGGAGGCAUCCGUUCUUCUCAUUUAUCGUAACGAUCAACCAUCCUGGCACUCACACACAGGCAAAAGAACAUGCAGAAAUGGACACCCGCACUUACACAUGCUGUGCACACACAUACGCGCGCGCAUACACACGAACACACACAUACAAACACAUUUAGGCACUCACACGCACGUACACACACAAAUAUACACACAUUAAGGCACACACUCACACGUUCAAAUUCAUACAAUAUGCAUAGAUAUUACACACACACACAUCUCUUCACUCUAAGACAGAUGCUUCUGGAGCUCAGCUUAAAGCUUCCAAAGACGGAGAGAAACAGCUGAAAUUCUUGAGAACUGUCCAUUCGUCUCAUGGGACCUUUUUGUCUGCUUUGAAUAAAAAUACAAACCAUCAAGGUGAUACAAGGACCAACUGAAGGAACAAAACCAAUGAGUAUUGUAAAAACCUCUCCCACUGUUAACCUCUCUAGGGUAUGUGGGACGCUAGCAUCCCAUCUGGCCAACAUCCAGUGAGGUUGCAGAAAACUACAAAACCAACUAAAAAAACUACUUCCUGAAUGGAUUUUUCUCAGGUUUUCGCCUGCUAAAUCAGUUCUAUUAUACUCAGAGAAACUAUUUUAACAGUUUUGGAAACUUUAGAGUGUUUUCUAUCCAAAACUACCAGUUAUAUGCAUAUCAUAUCUUCUGGGCCCGAGUAGCAGGCCGUUUAAUUUGGGCAUGCUUUUCAUCCAAAAUGAAAAAAUGCUGCCCCCUACCCUAGAGGGGUUAAAGGGUUUUGAGCAACGAAGAGAGAGAGAGAGAGAGAGAGAGAGAUCCAACCACCUUAUGAUCACGGACCCUAUGAUGUCUGUGGUGAGGUCUUCAAAGGGGAGCAGGGACUUUGGUUAAAGGAAUUUGGAGCGCUCUUUUUUUAGACUGGCCCAUGGUUGGCAGGGUUGGUAAUGUAUUGGGCUGUAUUGGGUAAUGUAUUGGACAGCCCAGAGCAGCCUGUCAGCUGGGCAAGAGUCUCUUUUGUCACCUGUUUCAAAGACACGCAGUCUGGAAUGCUAAUAGGCCAGACAGUCAGACAGCAAUAGAAAACAGCUGAAAAGGUCAGACCCUGACAGAGACUCAUAUGACAGUCAGUAAGUCAUUUUUGAU